UUUAAAUGUAGUUUGGUAUUUCAAUAUUGUCAAAAUGACAAAAGGUGGAAAGAGAUAUUCCCUAAUGGAAAAUGAUGGAAAAUGGUUUAUUCAUGCAGACGUGUCAGUUACUGAAACUACCAGACAGGAGGCUUGCACAAGCACAAGACCUAUUCUAAAUAAAAACACAGGGAUAAGCUAUCCGUUUUCAGCUCACGAUAACAGAUCAGCAUUGCAAGACAACAUCAAAGUAUUUGAUGAUGGCUUGGGGCGAAAGAAGUGCCUGGACGAAAGGAGACAACAAAACUCCUCCUGUCUGCGCAACCAUGGUGAUGUGACCGACUCGGGGUUGACCAAAGCAGACUUCUCAGCCUAUCACACAGACUACCCAGACAGCCAGUCUACAGGUAGUGCUACCUUCAGGCGUUUCCCCAGAAACCAUCUGGAAAAGUCCACCGCAGCUGCUAGUGCCUUGGAAGCAGAGCCGUUCAUGUGGUUUGGAAGGCAUGACUUGGACCACCCUCUACCCCUGGGAGUUUGGGCUGCUACCAACUGCUCUAGUACCUUCAAGACAAAACACCAUCCGCAUAACCAGCAUCAGAAUAAGAAAUGA